AUAUUAUCUAUAAAUCUUGAAACAAGACUACCAUAAUAUGAUGAUUAUAAUAUUACAUUUUAGUUACUGUUUUUUAGUUACUGAGUGAAUAAACCAUUAAUAUCGCCUUAUAGUUUUAUACUUCAUUGCUUUUAUAGUUUACUUGAAGUUUGAUCGAGUGGCAAGUGCCGUCUGUGUAUGUCCGAGUGGUAAAUCUACGGUUUACACGAGUCAAACAUUUUCUUGAAUAACACAAAAUCUAAUGAAGAAUUAAUUGAAUUAAAAUGGCUAAUAAAGGUGGUCCUGAAACUGAAGAACAAACCAGAUUAAGAUUUCAAGUAGAACUUGAAUUUGUUCAAUGUUUAGCUAAUCCAAAUUAUUUAAACUUUUUAGCUCAACGUGGAUAUUUCAAGGAUCAAUCUUUUAUUAAUUAUUUAAAAUAUUUAUUGUAUUGGAAAGAACCAGAUUAUGCAAAGUUUAUUAAGUAUCCCAUGUGUUUAUAUUUUUUAGAUCUCUUACAACAUGAACCUUUUAGAAAAGAAAUAGCCACUGCUAUUUGUUCGAAAUUUAUUGAUGAUCAAUUGUUAUUGAUUUGGCAACAUUACACUAGACGGAGAACAAAAUUGAUUCAUACUGCUUAUGAACACAACAUGAAUAUGAUGAAUAAAUCUGGUGCAUCAAACAUUGGACAAGCACAAACUAAUGGCACAAAUGGAAUCAUGCCAACUUCAAUGCCCAUUCCUAAAGUUAUGCCUCCUUAAUUUAUUAUUAUAAUUUAAGAUUAUUAUAACUUAUAAUAUUAUGUUGUAUCUUUCCACAGAUUCAAUUUUCA